AUGUCCUUUUCCAGCCUGUCCUAUCCGCUGUCCCAUGUUAAUUCGGAUUUAGCGAACGAUGUUUUUGGAGGCCCUUUAACGCCCCGCGUUUCUCAGAACCUGUCCGCGAUAGGAUGGGAUCCUUCGUUGUGUCAAUUGCAGCGUGCACCCGAUUCAAUCAAUGUACUGAACAAUAGCGUAUACGAAACACAAGGCAACGUACAGCCUAUGAUGCUUCCUCUGCAAAGAGUAUCUUCGCAUCAACAUGAACUCGUGCAUCGAACAUCCCUACUUUCGAGGGGAUCAAUGCAGAAAUCGCCGCUUUCUGAGGGAAAUUCUCAAAUGGAUACAACCUGGAUGAUGGCGACUCCGCAGACCAUCGUGUCCAUGUCCUCUCUACCGAUCGAUAAGCCUGAGGGACUCAACAGCGAAGUUUGCUUUGGAGAUUGCUCCGAAAACGAAGGUCAUUUGAACGCCGGCAGUGUGCCAAUCACACCAACAGAGGUUAAAUCUGGACGAAGUGUGGAUCGGGUGCAACAACCCGUAGAAGGAGCCCAGCCGAUGCUAAUGCGAGUGUUUAGUGGGAAUGGCGAAGGGGAUUUCAGUGCUCCCUAUGAUACGAUACGAAGAACACCGUCUUUGCCUAUUCAGAUGGUUCAGAAACCUGAUGUAAACAACUCUUAAUCUCUUUUUGGCCAUGUAUAUUAAUGUGUACAUUUAG